CCUCUCUCUCCUCUCUCUCCUCUCUCUCUGUCUAUAGAUCCUGACUCAGGAGGACUGGAAUCUGGUCCUGUAUAACGGUAUGUCCUCCACCUCUCCUCUCUCCUCCCUCUCUCUCCUCUCUCUCCUCUCUCUCUGUCUAUAGAUCCUGACUCAGGAGGACUGGAAUCUGGUCCUGUAUAACGGUAUGGCCUCCACCUCUCCUCUCGCUGCUCUCUACUUUGUGGCUCUGAUGACCUUUGGGAACUACGUCCUCUUCAACCUGCUGGUGGCCAUCUUGGUGGAGGGCUUUCAGGCGGAGGGUGAUGCUAACAGGUCAGAGACCGACGAUGAGAAACUGUCGACCUUAGAAGAGGAGGAGAAGAUGAAGGAGCUGUAUUCAGCAGAGUUGAAGCUCCAGGCGAUGAUGUUGACUCCUAAUGGCCUUCUGAAUCCCCGAGCCUCCAUGCCCCUCCCACCCACACAGUCACCGUGGCAACAACCGCCGCCACCAUCCCCACGGCAACGCCCGCCACUCAUCCUGCACACAUUGGCCACGCCCACAACUUGCGACAGCCAAUCACGACGGGGCAGCGCCGUCUCUACGGAUACAAGCAACACCCUGGACCCCAGGUCGCCGUCUCCAUGGGACAGCCGGCGCGCCAGCUGGUCUUCUAUUGGCCGAGGUCCCAGCCUACAGCAGCGGAGGAGUCAAUCAAGUGAGAGAGAUUCUCUGCUGUCAGAAGGGGCGGGGUCAGAAUGGUCCAAUCCCAGCUGGGGGUGGAGCAGGGAGGAGUCUUUCGACCUCCUGGACCAAUCAGAGUAUCUGACCGUGCCGAUGCUCCGCCCACCUGACUGUAACGGGAAGACCUUUCACCUCCCUGACGCCGGGACCCUACGUUACUAUAGCGACCACGAGGAGGAGGAGGAGGACGCUGAGGAGAGUGUGUGUUUGCGGGUGAAGCUGGUCCUGGAGCCCUAUAAGCCCCAGUGGUGUAGAGAUCAUGAGGAUUGGGCUCUCUACCUGUUCUCCCCAUGUAACAG